CCCCACACACCACACUAUACCAUGGCGAAAACGACCAGGCGCGACCGUCGCAAGAAGGCCAUCGCCUCCGGAGCUGCGCAGAAUCGAGGUGUGUCUAAGGUCAUGGCAAAGGAACGAACGGCCUCAAUUUCAUCAUCCGGGGGUUCAAACCACAAGCGACCAGCAGCAGCAGGGCUAGUUGGGAAGGGUGGCAAGGAGCUUGUCAAGCGUCCCGCUGCGCGCAAGCAGCGGAGCGGCGGGAAUGAUAGCCGCAGUGCUUCUACUGCAAGUGGUGCGGAUGGGAGAAAAAAGAAGCGGUCACGAAGCCAGGUCGAAGGGGAUGAAGAAGAGGAGAGAGAGGAAGGAGGUCGUCAAUUCGUUGAGGACGAGCUUGUGGCCACCAUUCAGGAACAUGACGAGUUUUUCUCGAGAAUGCUGGACAUGAUUCCGGAGCACCUGGUGCUCCGCGCGAAGGAGGUCGCGGAGUCUUCAUACGCCAGCAAGUACAUGAAGAACAAGAAGGGCGAGGCACCGAAGCAAUCGAAGAAGGAGGAAUCCAAGAAGAACAAACGGGCCCGCUACGCCGCCGAAAACCAAAAGACACUCCUGGAGAAGCAGCAGGAGCGCGCCAAGGCCGGCGAGGAUGGGGGCGAUGCUGACGCUGGUCGCGAUGAAAACAACGAUGAUGACGGCGACGAGAGUGACGGGGGCCUACAGGCGGCCGCGGAGCAGGACGGGCUCCAGAGCGAGGUGCUCAGGGGCAAGAGUAUGGACGUGGCGUCCAUGGAUGCCCUCAAGAAGCGGAUAGAGGAGCGCAUCAAGGUCUUCCAAGAGAAGCGAACCGCCGCAGAGGGAAGCCGCCGAGCGAAAACCGCCGCCAAGAGGAGCGCAAAGACGGCAACGAAGCGGGAGAACAAGCGCAAGGGCGCCAAGGCCAGGAAGAAGGGGAGGGAAGGGGCGAUUGCCGCGGUAGCGGCAACGGGGGGAGCGGCGGGUGGAGCCAAGGGGUCCGCAGAAGCCGCAGACGGGGCCGUUGAAGGGAAGGCCAAGGGAGUCAAGGUUAAAGCCAACGGCUCGCAUGCACCCGUUGCAAAGCCGCAGCUUCCCCCUCUGCCAACCGUGGAAGAUGUCGGAGACAUCGAGUUCUCCGGGCUGCGGGGGGUCGUUGGCGACGGCAGCGGCAACCGCGGAAAGCACGGUUUGCCGAAGGUGGGCGCUCCGGGUAGCAAGAUGAAGCGCCUGCACGGCCUGCUGGCUGCCGCGGAGGAGAAGAAGCAGCGGCUUGCGGGGCUCCGUCAAACGGAGGAGGGCAAGGAGAAGGCGAAGGAAGAGGGGUGGUCGGACGCCAUCCGCGCGGCCGGAGGGGCCGAGAUCAAGGACAACCCGGCUGCCCUGAAGAAGAUGAUCAAGCGCAAGGAGAAGGAGAAGGCGAAGAGCGCCGCCAAGUGGGACAACAGGUUGUCGGGGCAGAGGAAAGAGCAGGCCAAGAGGCAGGACAAGCGUGAGGAGAACCUCAACAGGAGGAAGAAGGGAGGCCCCGCGGUGGGGGAUACCGACAAGGCGGCAGCGGGGGGGGAUGCCGCUCCGGGUCUAGGUAGCAAGCGCCAGAGGCGCGCUGGAUUUGAGGGCAAGAAGCAGGACUUUAUCAACAAAGAGAGGCCUAGCAAGGCCGGCGAGCAAGGGGGAGGCGGAGGGCGCGGAGGCGCCAGGGGGGGGCGGGGACGGGGCGGGGGAGGCAGGGAUGGCGGGCGGGGGCGCGGCGGGGGGAGGGGCGGUGGUGGCAGGGGGCGAGGGUAGGUCGGACUGAAGCAAGUCACGGACGCGGAUCACCGGUCAAGACGGUCAAGACGUCAAGGCAGUGAAGAAGGAAGUCAAGAUAAAGAUAUUGAGUGUGUUCUAUGAUAGCUUGAGCAAUGCGACGGGUAUGAUCAUGUUUAUGUAUUUCUGUCAGACUGACUAGCGCGCCGGCCUACGGAAGCGAGAAACGCUGCCGGCAUGUUGGCCUCCAAGUUAUCGAAAAUUGUCUCAAGUACAACUCUCCGGUCACCUCGGUGGUUCAGAUGGUUUCCUCGCAGGCAUUAUGACUCUCGAGGUUGUACAUUCGAUUCUCUCUGGAGUUCUUGAAGUCACAAAAUGAGGUGUGGUGUGGAAAGCGCAUGGUCGUGAGUGAACACAGAGGGAAGCGACGCUGAGCCCUUGAAGCGGAGUGAUGAAUUGAAGGUGGAGGGAGCAAAACGUGCUUGUUUACCUUCCGUCUGUGCGGUUAGGGGUGGUGCGUCAAACGUUCACCGAACCGUGUAGACUGUAGCCCAGGGUAGAUAUGGCGUAACAAAGAUGCACGACGUGUGUAGGUACCCGGUGGACUAGCGCUACGGAUUUUGUGAUUUGCCCGCCUUUGUGAUUUGUCAGAACGUACGCAUACUAGGAUGCGGUUACGUGUCCAGCCGGAAGUGCACCAUGAACUUGGAACGGCUGCACCGUUGAAAGCGGUGGCAGGAGCAAGCUUGCAGCAUGAUGAUGCCCUUGUUGGCAUGACCUUGCACUGAAGACCGCCGCUUCUCACAUGACGUGAACAUGCCGCGUUGAGGAACGGAGCAGGGAGAAUGGCGUUCUUUCUUUUUGUGUUGGAAU